CAUUCAGGAUGUCAUCAUCUGAACAGAAUACAGCUCACAGGGAUCUUGAUCCAGUCAAGUGUUUAUUUGGCACCGAUAAUGAAGUGUAUCUGGAGAGCGAAUUGUGAAACGUUGCACAUCUGUUUUUAUAUUGAUUUUAUUUGUUUACAUUUUAUUAUGUUAGUGUUAUUACAUAUGUCGACUUUGGACUAAACACAGCGGACUCGCGUUGUUUGGUGUGCUAGUGAUUUGGUGCUCGUGCUUGAACCGUGUAUCUGGAUGAAAUAAGAGUUUGAGGUUCUAAAACUAGACAUCAGUGGCGUGUUUUUCGGUGUGUCCCCGAUCGUGGUCAGUGCUGUACAGCGGUUCAUGGUCACCCGUGCGUAACCAAUCACAUGGCCGUUCUGGAGUGAAGCAAGCCUCGUCACAGAACUACAGGUCGACCCACUCCCGUCCUCCACAUCACAGCGAUGCCUCCCGGUGUUGUAGCCCCGUCUCCACGGAGCUCUCCGGUCCGGUGCUUCUACGCCUUGACACCGUACUUCAUAGAGGACUCUGUCAUCUCCCAGAGCAGGAUUGAUCAGCUUAUCAGUGAGAGCUUCCUGACAGUGAAAGGUGCCGCCCUCUUCCUGCCCCGGGGAAAUGGCUCCUCCCCUACCUCUGCUUCCCGCUUCGCUCAGCUCCGCAGCAAACAUGCAGGUGACCUCCAGCAGCACCUGCAGACCAUGUUCACUCUCCUCCGACCAGAGGACAACAUCAAACUGGCUGUCCGGUUGGAGAGUACCGUGUACCAGGGGACUCGUUACAUGGUGGUGGUCUCCACUAACGGCCGUCAGGACACCGAGGAGAGCUUGGUGCUGGGUAUGGACUUCAGUCCUGCAGACAGCUCGUGCUCGGUGGGGCUGGUUCUCCCUCUAUGGAGCGACUCACUGAUACACCUGGAUGGAGACGGGGGUUUCAGUGUGUCCACUGAUAACAGGAUCCAUGUAUUCAAGCCGGUGUCGGUGCAGGCCAUGUGGUCUGCUCUGCAGUCGCUCCACAAGGCGUGUGAGGUGGCUCGUUGCCAUAACUACUUCCCCGGGAGCCUGUUCCUGACCUGGGUCAGCUACUACCAGAGCCGGGUCUCCUCUGACCAAUCACGCAUCAACGAGUGGAACGCCAUGCAGGACGUCCAAUCACAUCGUGCCGACUCUCCCGUGAUGUUCUCUGACGUGCCGACGGAGAGAGAGAGGACAGAGCGGCUCAUCAAGACUCGUCUGAGAGAGAUCAUGAUGCAUAAAGACCUUGAGAAUGUCACCUGCAAAGAGAUCCGCACAGAGCUGGAGGUGCACAUGGUGUGUAACCUGUGUGAGUUUAAGGAGUACAUAGACAAGGAGAUGAUCCUGAUCCUGGGUCAGAUGGACAGUCCCACUGAGAUAUUUGACCAUGUUUACCUGGGCUCUGAGUGGAACGCAUCCAAUCUGGAAGAGCUGCAGAACAGUGGUGUGCAGUAUAUUCUGAACGUGACGAGGGAGAUUGACAACUUCUUCCCAGGUGUGUUUGAGUAUCAUAACAUCCGUGUGUAUGAUGAGGAGGCUACAGACCUGCUGGCCUAUUGGAACGACACCUACAAGUUCAUCUCCAGAGCCAGGAAAGCAGGAGCUAAGUGUUUGGUUCACUGUAAGAUGGGUGUGAGUCGCUCUGCGUCCACGGUGAUAGCCUACGCUAUGAAGGAGUACGGCUGGGACCUGGAGAGAGCAUUCAACUACGUUAAGGAGCGACGUGCUGUCACCAAACCUAACCCCUCCUUCAUGAGACAGCUAGAGGAGUACCAGGGCAUACUGCUGGCCAGUAAGCAGAGACACAACAAGCUGUGGCGUUCCCACUCGGACAGUGACCUAUCGGAGCACCACGAGCCACUAUGUAAGACCGUCCAACACCCCCACACCCUGGGCCGCUCCGACCCUCGUAACCAGGGUAACAGCCCCGCCGCCCCCUCCCUGCAGGAGCUGCUGCAGCCGCUGGGAUCCCCCUCCAACACGGGCCAGGUGGUGCGGUCCAUCUCUGAGUGUGGGACCCCUUCUAGUGCAGGGAAGGUGGUACAGUCCAGUAGCCAGCCCAAUGCUACUGCUACCCAGGAGAAUAAUCUGGACACUAACCAGGAGACUAGGACUGAUGCUCUGUUGACCUCCACAACUGGGGACCAGUCAUUGGGUACUGGGGACCAGUCAUUGGGUACUGGGGACCAGUCAUUGGGUACUGGGGACCAGUCAUUGGGUACUGGGGACCAGUCAUUGGGUACUGGGGACCAGUCAUUGGGUACUGGGGACCAGAAUCGUUCAACAGCAGCAGCUACUACUGCCUCCACUGGUUCCCAGGCCCAUGGGGAGUCUGUGUGUUCCCAGUCACCCCCUCUCUCCAACGGCCUGUGUGAUUAUGAAGAGGACCACUCAACCCCUCUCCCUCAGCCGCGGGCGGCCACCGUGGUGCCUGACAUUUCCACUGUCACCGUGGCGGAGACCGUGCCGGUCAGGCGCCCUCAUCCGCCCCCUAUCCAACACCACCUUGUCUCCCCCGCCGCCCUUCCAACCUCCUCCGAUGAAGACGAGACUCCGAAAGCCAAGGAGCCGUCCACCACCUUGCCUAAGGAAAAAUACUGCCAGCUGCAGGUGACACCAUCCGUGCCUGAGUCAUCGUCGAUGACCCCGGAAACAAGCACACAAACUGCAGGACCACAAGAGCCGUCCACACCAGUGCCUGACAAGAAACUAGACUGUGACGAGCGGUUACCUGGGGCAUCAUUGGAUAGUUCAGCAUCCCAACAACCCUCCAGUAUUGAGGUACUCAUCAUUAGCCAGCCCAGUGCCCCCCCUCAGGACCCUGCUCUCGAGGCGGAGGGGUCCUCGGCUCUUGGGACAGACCACAUCAACUUCUUCAGCGCCAGAGAGAAGUUUCAGGGCCUGACUCAGGAUGGGAGGACCCGUUGCCUUUCUGAUCAGGCACUGCAGCAGACACCUCAGCCCAUACCCAGGGAUCCAGGACAGGAGCAGCAGCAGCAGGAGGACCCCUCUGUUGUGGCGACUGGGGAGGGAGAGGAGGAGGAGGUCGAGGAGAGGAAGAGGGAGAGCAUUGUCUCUGUUCACCUCAUAGUCACAGAACUGGAGUCCAUGACGCACACUGUGGCCCCUCCCAGCCAACCAGAGCCUACUGCUUCCCAGGACCACGAAGUGGGUCAGUCAAACCAGGAAGUAGAGGGCAAAGAUGCAGAGUCACAACAGGAAGUGGACGUUGUCAAAGAGGAAGUGAAGGACGAAGCAGAAGAGAUGGAAGCAGUCUCCCACUCUCCUCCCGCCCCUCACUCUGCUGAUUGGGCGAUGGGCUCUGUGCGCCGCGUCACCCAACAGCUGGAGCAGCGAAUGAGGCAGGACUCCCCUUCCCCACCUCCCCUCCCCCCCCACCCACCCCCAUCGUCGCUCCCCCCUCUUCCCUCACUCAAGAGAACACUCCCCUCCUGCCUCUCACCCCUUCCCAGAGACAAACUCCAACCCCCAGAAUGCACCACUCUGCCCGCAGGGGUCAGAGGUCAGCACUGUGCAGGAAAAGGGUCGGGGCUGUAGUCCUAUGGAGGAAGAUGGAGGACAGGAGGCUUGGAGAGAAGGUUUACAUGAAGACAGUGUCCAAAUGCACAAACACAACCUUGAUGGCAGCCUUGCAUCUACCCUCCACCCUACCCCCAUGACCCCUCAACACUCUUCCCCCAUCACCCCUCUCCAUCCUACCCUAAACUCUGCCCUCGCCCCCCUCUCUUCAGUGGAUUUCCUGUGUCUGGAGGGGGUGACAGAGUUUGAGUCGGGCACAGACUGGGACAGUCUCCCGGGUCGAGGACCCCCCGGUGACGACGACAUGAGGGAGACAUGGGAAACUCUGCGGGAGCUGGGGGCGUUUCUUCGCCAGGUGAGCGGUGGCGGAGCCAAGGUACCCAGGUGUGUGGGCCAGGUGUGGGGGGAAGGUACACAGGCGAGGCAGAAGAGGGUCAGGGGUGGCGACAGGCAGAGAGCCAGGGAGGUGGAGGCACGGAUUCGCCAGGCUGGGCUGACACCGCCCUCCCUGAUGAAGCGCUCUGCCUCAUUGGCUAAGCUGGGCUGCUUAGACCUGUCGGCCAAUGACCUGAGCAAUUGGGAUAUUAGCCCCACCUCUCCGGCGACACCCGCUGUGGAACUUCUCCUUCCUUCCACAGAAGCUGACGAGUCCUCCAGGAAACUGAGGGUGCUGUUCCACAAUGCCCUGUGUCCUUCUGUCUCGACCAGCAGGCAAGAGUCCCUCACCAACAGAGCGGAGAGGCCUUGUGAGAGCGGGGACACACCCUCAGAACACUUGCAUUCUCCUACGUCCAAUCAAGGCUGGCAGAAGGAGAAACAUCCUGACUCUGGCCAUGCCCUCUCGCUAACGUCUGACCUGAUCUCCGUGGCAACACGACAGCAGUAUGGAAGGACACACCCCCUACGUAGGCUGAAGAAACGGACUGUCAGCACCCUCUACCACACUAUGUGACCCUCACUGUGUGUGUGUGUGUGUGUGUGUGUGUGAGAGAGCGUGAGAGACACAGAGUGAUGAGAGCUGGUCAAACGCCAGCCACUUCCCUUAGCCCCUACCACCUUCCCUGGCAGAUGAUAGUCAGAUGUGUGGACAAUAUGCCAGCCGCCUCUAGGAUCAUUGGAAGGCUCGAUGGAUUAUAGCUUAACACAAAGCUGAUCUCUUCAGGGCAUCGUGUAUGUAGUGACUCCUAGGAUGUGUAAUGUUUCUUGUUGCAUACUGUAUGUAGUGUGUAUUUGAGUCAUCAUUUUAGGAUGUGUCCUUUUUGUUUUCUAUUGGUUGGAGUCUGAACUGUUUGUGCGGCAGAAUAUCUCCAUAAGUUUUAAAUUGUUUGUCACUUUUGUGUACAUAAUAGGAAGUGUGUGGGGGACUGAAAAGUGCAGUUUCUCCCUUCCCUUUCUAUCAGAAAUAACAAUGAUAUGGGGAGGUUUCUCAAAUAUGCACUUUACUGUUUUUUGAUUUAUGUAUGGUUCCUACCCCUGGAGCUUAAUGUGAGUUGAAUAGUUGGGAGUAUUUUACAGUGCAGAAAUGUCAUUUCAUUUUAAAUCUGUAAAUAUUCUAAUUUUUUUAUGUGCUUAAACUGUGACCAAUAAAUAAUGACAACUUAA